GCUGUCCGCGCAGUCGGGCGUCGGCCGGCCGCGCCGAGCCGGCCGGGGCGGCACAGCGUCCAGCCCGGCUGUAGGGCGGCGCGGGGGCCGGGGCAGCAGCGAGCACCAGCAGUCGAACCGCAGCCAGCAGUGCCAAACAGCGAAGCAGCUCACAGUGCAUAGUGAUUGCAGUGCAAUAGCGUCGCGGCACGGCCGACGAGACCUCAGUGAAAGCGCACGUGAAUCUCCGUCUCGUCACGCGCUCCUCAUCACACGGUCGGCGUCGGCGUCACACGGCGCCACACACAAGCACUGCUCACAGGCCGUCCUCGGGGGGCCGGCCGGCCGGCCGACCCGGCUGCUCUCCACUGCCGGCUCGGCGCGGCGCGGCGCUGGCCCGACCGGCCGCAGUCGGCCGCUCACGUCGACCGACCGCGCACGGCCGCUCACGCCGAGCCACCGGGACAUGGGCGACGCAGAGGAGGCAGCCAGUCGACCGAGUCGAGCGCGGUCCGGACGGCAGAGCGGUGCGCUAGGGACCGAGUGGCAGCCCGCUGAGCUGCCGCGCUGGUGAUCCACUGAGCUCCGCGUAGGCAGUGGUGACACACGUGUCAGCAGGGGUCCGACUACCGCCCCCGCCGCGCAGCCAGGGGUGUGCCAGAGGUGAUAUUAGUGGCGAGUGUCUGCCGUCGAACGGUGACCUGGUGUCGGCGGCACAGGCAUCUGACGGUGCUGAUCAGACGGUGAUCGAGUGUCGGGUUAUCGAUCUGACGGUGAUCCGGGGUGCCGGACAGUGAUCUGGGGUGCCGGCGGACAGCAGUCGUGUGCCGGCGGACAGCGGACAUCCGGCGGCGCCGGUCGGCGGCACGCGGUGUCCGUGCCGUAUUGUGAGCCGUGCUCGUGCCGUACUGUGAGCUGCUGUUCAGUGACGUCGACGGAACUCCGGCACAUCCGUGUGAUGUAACCGCCGCCGGGCGGCACACACUAGCCUACCUGGAGCGCGACCUGACACCCGCCAGAGCGAUCCCGUCGAGCUGAGCCGGCAGCCAGCGGCGGCGGCGAGCGGUCCGAACCGCGUCGGCCCUGACGACACAUUGCCUACAGCCGGAAGUGGCCAGUUGGCGGGAGGUCUGCCACGCGAGCCGGGCUUCCCACCACCCCCGUGACCUAUCCCAGACCGCCAAUUAUUUCAUGUGAGCUGUCGGCUAUUUGUGUUGGCUGGUGGGGGUCGGCCGCUCGGCCGGCUCGUCAGUCUGAGAGCGGGGCUGUGGCAGCUGUGGUCGCGGCUGCAGGCGCGCUGUCGCUCGGUGGAGCCGUGCCGUCCGCGGUCGCCGCCGGGGUCAGCCGCCAGCGGCGCCGCCCGUGUCGGCGGCCGCCGCCGACCAUGCGCCCUGUGAUCACCGCUCUGCUCGCCGGCCUCUCGCUGGCAGUCUGCGCCCGCUGCGCCGCCGCACGCGGAGACCGGCUGCAGGGGUGUCAGCAAGUGUGCCAGGACAGUUUGGUGCCGUGUGGCAGCACCGCCUCCAGCAGCCCUUCCAGCAGCGUCAGCAGCAACCUCAGACGUCGACCGUCGGCGCCCAGCUGCCGCAGAGUGCAGGGUCUGACGCGGCGGCAGCGCGUCUUCUGCCGACGUCACCCGGACAUGUUGUCGGCCCUGCUGGACGGCGUCCGUCGGGGCACCAAGGAGUGUCGCCGCCGCUUCCGGCACGACCGCUGGAACUGCCAGGCGCUCACUGAGACCGCCGGCGGCCGGCGACUCGACUUCGGACACGUCCUCGUCAAAGGGACGCCGGAGACGGCCGUGUGGUACGCGCUGCACAGCGCCGCCAUCACACACGCACUGUACCGCGCGUGUCGGCGCGGAGAGCUGCGAGCCUGCUCGUGCGGGCCCCGCAGAGGUCACAGUCUAGAGCGCUGGAAGUGGGGCUGUCAGAGAGGCCUCAAAUUCAGCGUCAAAAAGGCCAGAAAGUUUGUCAACUCCCGGGAAGUCGAACAAGACGCCAGGAGUAAAAUGAACGUGCAUAAUAAUAAAGUCGGCAUUAGGCUGGUGUCGCGCCACUGGCGCCGGCCGGCGCGGUGUCAGCUGGUGUCGGGCAUCUGUGUCAGCUCGGCGGCCAGGUGGCGCCAGGUGCCGCACUCGUUCUCGGCCAUCGGGCUGCGGCUGGCCGCCGAGCGCGACCGCUCCGUGCUGGUGGCGCUCGGACCGGACGGCCAGCUGCGAGAGGUCGCCACCGGGAAGCGGCCCAGCCGGCGCCGGCUGGUGCACCUCGAGCCGUCCCCGGACUACUGCGAGCCGGACCCCGAGACCGGCUUCAGCGGCACCGCUGGCCGGCCGUGCCGCAAAAACAGCUCAGCCGCCGGCAGCUGCGAGGAUCUGUGCUGCGGACGAGGCAACAGCACGCGUAUCGUGCGACAAGUGUUCUGCUGCAACUUCCAUACAAACUCGGCCAGUCCGAGCCGGUGUCGGCAGCAGACACGGGUCCGGCAGUGCAACUGACCGCGCCAGGCCGGGGCGCCACUCCGGCCUGUCGGCCAUGGGGAGCCCGCGAGGCGACCCCUGAGCGUCCGCGAGGCGACCCCUGAGCACCCACAGUCGACAUGUCUUGCGGACGCGGCGAUCAACUCUCAUAGGAUGUUUCUGUCUCACAUUGUGAUGGUCGUUGUUGCUGUUGAGGUGUAGAUAUAUGCUGUGGGUUCACCAUUCCUCCGUGCGUGGGUCGGAAGAGGAGGGCUUGCCAGGCUAUGGUUCCAGGUUACAUGCGUUGACAGUGUUACGAUCUUGCCUCACUUGUAGAAUGGACGACCUAUUUUAAGCUCGACGAAACGGAAGCAGAUGACACCGGGCUCUGUCUUUGUACUCAGCCCUUGGCGAGCUUUACCAGUAUUACAGUGUGGCAUUUGAGGCCGACAUGCCAGCUGCGUAUUGCCUGUUACAUGCUCUCUUCACUGACCCUGCGUCCCGGAUAAUGUGGUACCCACUGACCUGACAUGACGUUUGUUGGCCGUGCAUUGUCUCUGCUUUCAUGUAGAUGGCAGGUCAUUAGUCGAUGCCUUCAAUUUUUAGCGAACACUGAGCGUAGCCAUACUCAAGAAAUCGCACGGGUAUGAUCGCUUGAUGUAUUUAUCUCCCCUACUGUUCAAUGCAUCAUUUUCUUUUAAUUUAUUUUUUAAUAAAUGUCAGCAGAACUACACAAUA